ACUAUGCUGUGCUUGACAAAAGCUGGUAAUCAAGUAUGCGAACAACAUUUGCACUAAACAUGCUUCCAUCUGCGAUGAGUGCGAUCUUCAUCUUUUAUCAUCUCCUAUCCCCGGCGAUCUUAGCUGCUGAGAAUCCUCAGUUCUCCAUCGACGGGACAGUAUUAGAGUUGGACGAAUCCAACUUCGACGCUGCCAUAUCGACAUUCGAUCAUGUCUUUGUUGAUUUCUACGCCCCUUGGUGUGGCCACUGCAAGCGUCUUGCUCCAGAGCUGGAUAAAGCUGCUCCUGCUCUGGCUGAAUUGAAGCAACCUAUAGUGAUAGCUAAAAUAAAUGCAGACAAAUACAGAAGUCUUGCUUCUAAAUAUGACAUCGAUGGAUAUCCCACACUAAAGAUGUUCUUGCAUGGAGUUCCUACUGACUAUUAUGGACCACGGGAAUCAGAUUUACUUGUUAGGUUUUUGAUGAAAUAUGCUGCAACUGAUGUGGCUGUUCUUGACUCUGAUUCUGCCAUUAGUGACUUUAUUGAAAAAGCUGGCUCUUUUUUCCCUAUAUUCAUAGGCUUUGGUUUGAAUCGAUCUGUGGUAUUGGAUUUGGCUGUCCAGUAUAAGAAGAAAGCGUGGUUUUCUGUUGCAAAUGAUUUUUCUGAUGGAACCAUGGCUAUGUAUGAUUUUGAUAAGGUUCCUGCUUUGCUAGCUCUUCAUCCAAGCUACAAUGAACAGAACAUUUUCUAUGGCCCAUUUGAAGAGAAAUUCCUCGAGGAUUACAUCAAACAGAGUUUGCUGCCUUUGGCUUUACCAAUAAAUCAUGAUACAAUAAGAUUAAUGAAAGAUGAUCUUAGAAAAAUUGUCCUCACAAUCAUGGAUGACGAGACAACGGAGAAGUCCAAGGGAUUAAUUAAAACCUUAAAGGCUGCUGCAUCUGCAAACCGUGAUUUGGUCUUUGCUUUUGUUGGAUUCAAGCAAUGGCAAGACUUUGCUGAGUCAUUUGAUGUUAACAAGAAAACACCACUACCAAAAAUGGUUAUCUGGGAUGGAGAUGAGGAAUACUUUACUGUCAUUGGCUCAGAGAGCAUCGGCGAGGAUGAUCAGGGAUCCCAUAUCACACGCUUUCUUGGAGGAUUUAGGGAAGGAAAUGUUAUACAGAAACGCAUAAACGGGCCUUCUUUCAUGAGCUUUGUAAAUUCAAUGAUUGGGAUUGGGUCGGUUACCAUUGUUGUAUUUUUGGUUUGUGUGGUGAUGAUCAUUCAAUCCCUAAAGGAGGAGCCCUUGAGGGUUGGCACAAGAGAAGAGGCAGGAAAUACAACCACGUCCGAGCCAGAUGCUAGAGAUACACAACGCUCUGGGGAGAAAGAAGACUAGAGAAGGGUUUGUCUUUCUGAAAUAAUGAAACAGAGAAGGAAUGAUUCAUCUCUUGGACUUACCCGAUGAAUUAUUAUGACCAACGAGUCUGUUAACUUUAUUAUUCUUGGGUGUUAUAGGGAUGAUAUUCACUGGAGGCAAAAGGGCGGAAGCAAUAGACACACUGAUCACUUUUUAUGUGCGUUUUCCUUUAGUCUAGUUGUUUAAGAGGUUUCGUACAAUGUACAUGUCCUCUUAUCUUUGCAAGUUUAUUAAAUCGUAGAUGAAAGGGAUAAGCCUAGAAAUAUUGUUUUAUGCAAGACUUUUGGUAACAUUACUUGGCCAGGAGGAACCAAUCCUGAUCCUUAGAAACAUGACUUUUUUGGGACGUUUAUAUGAUUAUAUCUAGGUUAGUUUAUUCUAGCUUAGAUUGUCGAUUUCUGAUUUCUUGGACACACUGUAUGAUGUUAUUUUUGGGUGUUAAUACAAUUACCUUUCAUCCAAAA